AUGAAAGUGYUGAUUCUCCUCACCAUCACCCUCAGCGUGGUAGUCGCUCAGAAAAGACCGCAGGGUUUCCAAAGCGAACAGUAUGAAGAUCAGCAGCAAACAGCAGCUGCACAAGAAACUCAGCCCAGACAGCGAGAGGUGACCACACCAAUUCCCAUCAUCAGGUUCGACAAAGAGCAGGGCAAUGAUGGUUCUUAUAAGGCUUUAUGGGAAACUGGCAACAACAUCCUGGCUCAAGAGGAGGGUUUCUUGAAGGAACUGGGCCCUGAUCCGGACCAGGAGGGAGGAGUGAUUAACGCCCAAGUGCAACAAGGUUCCUACACCUAUACUGCUCCGGAUGGGCAAAUUAUCACAGUAAACUAUGUGGCAGACGAAAGGGGCUUCCAUGCGUCGGGCGACCAUCUGCCCACUCCUCCACCCGUAAGCCCCGAAGUCCAGAAGGGGCUGGAUUUGAUCUAUGCAGGAAUCAAAGCCCAACAGGAGGCUGACGAAAGAGAGGCAAAGGAGCACCCAGAGAGCCAGAGGAACGCCAACCAGAUCGAGCAGGAUUACAGCGGCCAAUACAAGCAGUAGUGUUGGUGGAAUUUAGGACUUUUUCCUGUUCAUGUGUACCUGAUUGGGCCUUGAGGUACCUUACCAUUAACAGGCAGACUGAUGUAGAAAAUUUCAAAAUUGGGCGAUUUGUGUGUAUGGAAUAUAGUAUGUUAGCUUUU